UCGCGAGGGAUGAUUAGGGAAGAGGUUUGCGGCCGUGGUCUCGACGCUGUGAGAGGUCGCCGGGUAUGGACGAGGACGGGUUGCCUCUCGUAGGUUCGGGCAUCGACCUGACCAAGGUUCCAGCUAUCCAACAAAAGAGAACAGUGGCGUUUCUAAACCAAUUUGUGGUUCACACAGUUCAGUUCCUGAAUCGAUUUUCAACUACUUGUGAAGAGAAAUUGUCAGCACUUUCUCUCCGUAUUCAGCAAAUUGAAACUUUGCUCAAUAUUCUGGAUGCAAAGUUAUCUUCUGUGCCUGGCCUAGAAGAUGAGAUCUCAAAUACCAGUGUUAUGAAUGGCUCUGCCUCACAAACAUUGGUAGAGCCACAGACAACAAAUAUAUCACCUAACGUGGAGACCAGUGUACCUGAGUUGGGGCAACAGAAGACAAAUGGAACUGAUGUCAUCACUGUAGCAAAGGAUCCACACUAUGCCAGAUACCUCAAAAUGGUUCAAGUGGGUGUUCCUGUUAUGGCAAUAAGAAACAAAAUGAUUUCUGAAGGAUUAAACCCGGAUCUUCUUGAAACACCAGAUGCUCCAGUGCCUGCAUGGGGAGAUGAGACAAAUAAAGGAGAAAGUUCUGAUAGUGAAUCAUCAUUUAGCGACUAAUGGUGUUGCCCUUGGUGGGAAAAUGUUUAACUUUUCCUUAAAAGCACUGCCUAGUCUUUCUCUCUGUUAAAUGCAGAUGUAUAAACUUGUAACUGAAUUUCUUGAGCCAUAUGAGGUAUUCUCUAAAAGCAGCAGCUUUGCACAAUAAUAUAUUCAUUUUGUAUAGAAUUUAGACUAAAAGCCAAGCUCGGUAAAACUGACACAUUAUGUAAAUUACAUUACCUUAUAUAAGAUAUGGUGUCUUUGACUUGGGUAAAUGUUGUCCUAAGAAUAUCCAGGGUGAAGCUGAAGAUGAGACUGGACUCACACACACCCUCUUUCCAUCUAAAUUAUGCCACCCUGAAUAAUCUUCUAAAUUACAAGGAUUAUUUUUAUGUCUAUUCCUGGUAACUGUUCAGAAUUCAGUGAAUGCUGAUCCACGUCUCCAUGUUGUAGGAGAAUUCAAAGCACCGUAUCUACCUUUGGAAUAGGUGCACACAUUUUGUGUGUUCCAUGAUUUAAGAAUUAAAAAUAAGAAUGGCAGGAAGAAGGACUGAGGAUAAAAAGGAAUGCUUUCUGCUUGAAAUUAAUGAACAUAAUUUUGUUUUGGCAAGUUACUAGAUAUUGUUAUAUUGCCUCUCUUUCUUUCUUUCUUUCUCUCUCUCUCUCUCUCUCUCUCUCCCUCCCUCCAUUCCUUCCCCCCCUCUCUCUCCCUCUCUCUCGCGCACGCGCUCUCUCUUUUCUUCUUAUAGUGUCCAGUUACCAUUAUUGCAAAUAUAACCCUUGGAUAGUAACAGAUUGCAUCACUGUUAUCCUGCCUGGCAAAGCAUGUGGUCUUUCCUUGUUAUAAAAUUUUCUUCUUGAAAAUUACAGUGAAUUCAGUAUAUAGAAGAUGUAAAAUAUAUAUAAAUGAGUAAGUUCUGAACACUGUUAGAAAGACAUGAUUUCCUAACUUUGCACAUGAUAACAAAGUACUGAUAAAUUAAAGGGGUGUUAUAACUAAACAACCCACAACAUUACAGUGUUUCAAAUGUCUGCCAUUUACUCAUCAAUUUCCCCCCAAAUCCAUUAGUCGUCUUAUAGAGAAACUUAGUAAUGAAUGAUUAGAAAGAGAGCCUUCUAUAUUUUUUUAAAGAAAAAAAUGCUAGACCCCUUCAUGUAUUAAACAAUGCAUAUAUUUUCAGAGUUUGGGCAAUUUCAUCAAUAAUAUUAAUUUCACUAAAUAGAUUUUAAGUAUUCUAUAAGUGUGCAUAUAUGAACCGCAUUUUCACUAAGUGCUAAUCCUGAAUCUGAUGGAAUGCCUUAAAAUAUAACAAGCAACUAUUUGACACCCCAUCUCCAUAUUUAUUGUGCUCUGCUUCUCCCAAUAAUAGAAAGUGUUUUCAGUACUGUUAAUUAUCUCCGAGCUGGAAGUCCUAAUCAGUCAUUAAAAAUAUACUCUGGCAUUUGAAAUGUAUUUACAGUUCCUAAUUUAUUUGAGAGAGUGGUUGAAAUCUAUCCUUAUUCCCUUCUGUGAUCCAGAGAAACCAAGAACAAACUGGUAUGCUGUAACGUGCAUAUGAACCAAAAUCCAAAAUAGUUUAUGGUUUUUGCACUUAUGUUUCUUUACUGGAACAUUUAAAAACAAUACAUUACUAUUGUUCCAUUCCAUCUGUCCUGACUGCUGUUAGUUGUGACUUUUCCACAUAGAGGAAAAUAAAUGCCCUCAGACUGUCUUCCCACGUCACCCGCCUGAGUUUGUUUGAGGUCUCCUAACACAUCCUAACACAUCCUGUAUAUAGCAGAAGCCAAGAUGGCCAUUAUGUAGCAAUAUCAAAGUUCAAAGGAUCUCUGAAGUAUGGUCUUCUUGGUUAGCAGAACUGUAGUUAUGGCUUUGAACUGAAAUCUCUUGCUAAAUGAAUUGGAACAAAGCAUCCCAAACCAUUUAGUGCAACCUGUUUCACAAAAGGUCAAGGCAUCUUGUUUCAGGAAACAAAUUUAGAAGUGUAGCAUAUUUAUAUAAACUAAUAUUUUGAUUUGCUGCCUAAUGAAAUGCACAUUACAUUGUACAGUAACUGGAACUUGAUUUUGUAUUAUUUGAAAAUACUGUAUUUUUCAGAGUAUAAGAUGCACCUUUUUCCCUCAAAAAGGGGGCUGAAAAUCUGGGUGCGU